AUGGACCAUGGUUACAACUAUGAGGUGUCUAAGGAAACAGCGGACUGGUUACAUGCCCGUACUGUCCAGCGCCCAAAGGCCGCCAUCAUCUGUGGAUCUGGACUGGGAGCUCUGGCUGAUGUGUUGGAUAACAAGACAGUCUUUCUGUAUGAGGACAUUCCUCAUUUCCCACGGAGCACAGUUGCAGGGCAUGUUGGCAGAUUGGUGUUUGGGGAGCUGAACGGACAGCCCUGUGUGUGUAUGCAGGGACGUUUCCACUAUUAUGAAGGAUACUCUGUCAGCACGGUCACCUUUCCCAUCAGGGUCUUCUUUCUCCUGGGAGUGGAGAUCUUGAUUGUCACAAAUGCUGCUGGGGGCCUGAAUCCCCACUUCCAAGUAGGGGAUAUCAUGUUCAUUAGAGAUCACAUCAGCACAUUUGGCUUGGGAGGGCAGAAUCCACUGCGUGGACCAAAUGAUGAGAGGUUUGGAGUGAGGUUUCCCUGCAUGUCAGAUGCUUAUGAACAAGAUCUGCUUAGCCUGGCAAGGGAGAGCGCGCAGGAGCUGGGUUUUCUGAGCUUCAUCCAAGAAGGAGUGUACUGUCUGCUGGCUGGUCCCUGCUAUGAAACCAUUGCCGAGUGCCGCAUGCUGCAGGCUCUGGGAGCGGAUGCUGUAGGCAUGAGCACUGUCCCAGAAGUAAUUGUAGCCAGGCAUUGCGGCCUCCGAGUCCUUGGGAUCUCCCUCAUCACCAACAAAGUGGUAAUGAGCUACAACAGUCAAGAGAAAGCCAACCAUGAGGAAGUGCUGCGCGUCUCGGUGGUCCGGGCUGAAGCCCUGCAGAAACUGGUCACGCACAUCCUUGGCAAACUGGGGGAAAGCGCAAACUCUCCGUGA